AAAACACCAUGGAGGGGUUGUAGAGCUUCGAAUCGAUUCUUGACUCGCAUUCGUUGGUGAAACUUCGUGCGAGCAUGUUGUUCAUCGACAGAUUUGUCUAUACUUAUACUUUUCACAAGAAACUGCUUCUACUUUUUGGUAUUUGGCCAAGUUCCUAUUCGUGGCUUCAAAGAAUUCAAAUUUCUUUCUUCUAUCUUCUGUUUGUUAUUAGCAUCAUUUUGCAGUUGGCAAAUAUUUUCUCGUCCGACUGCAAUUUUGACUGCAUCACACGUGUAUUGUCGAUUGUUCUUCCGAACAUAAUAGGUGCCACUAAAUUCAUGUACAGUCAUAUUUACAAAACAACCGUGCAAAAAUUAUUUAUGAGAAUUGAGAUUGACUGGGAAUUUUUGAAGGAUGACGAAGAAAGUAUUGAAAUUCUGCGAGAGUAUAGAAGAAACAUAUCUAUGCAUAUAAUAUGUGUGAUUGCAUUUUUCUGUUGUAGUUUUUCAAGUACUAUGGUACUAAUUAUCAUAGUAACGUCCCCGAAGGAAAUAUCCGAUGAUUGCACGGAAUUUUCGUCACUUUUGCUCCAUUUUGAAAGGAAUAUGUAUAAUUCUCUUGGUUUUAUGUCAAUGAUCGGAUUCAUAGAUUGUAUUUUCGUUUUAAUCAGUGAAGCCACUAAUGCGUUUAUAUCGGAACACGUGUGUGGUCUGUUCAGAAUCGUAGGACAUCAUUUACGGCGCGCAUGUGAUGUGAAUGCAAAGCUUCCGCUUAAUGAGAGAAAUGACAAGAUUUGUUCGAAAAUAAUACAUGCUAUACGUGUUCAUGUGAGAGCAACAAAGCUUAUGAACACUUUCUGGAACUUGAUUGGAACAAGUUACGUAGUGAUUUAUCUUUGUGGUACCGCUUCAAUAAGCUUAAAUAUGAUAAACCUCGUGGAAGAUGUGAGACAAACUCACAGUGUGAGACCGGUAAUGACAUCAGUCAUGUCCAUGUUAUAUGUAUACGUUUAUUUCUUUUUCGCGAAUUAUUUUGGGCAAAGAGUGAUCAAUCACAGUGUGGAUAUUUUUCAUGACGCAUACAAUUCUCGAUGGUACGAAAUUCCUAUCGAUACUCAAAAAUUAUAUUUGUUCAUUCUACAACGAAGUAUAAAGAGUUCCGCGUACAUUAUACCUGGUGUACUCAUAUCAUCGCACGAAUUUCUAACCACGAUCGUAAAAGUGUCGUUCUCCUGUUUCACCAUGUUAUGUUCGUUGCAAAAAUAACGUUAUCUCCUAUGUUUUCAUACGAGACGUGUAUGGUGAACAAUGAACAAAACGGAAACAUAAAAUAUGUAUAUGGUUAACGAGUUAUUGUUAUCUCAUUGAUGUUUUCCUGCACCGUAUAAAUCAAUAUUGUUCUUGAUACACAGCGCCGAAUCGAUAGGGGGGCUAAGGGGGGCUACCGCCUCGGGCUUUGCUUUCUAGGAGGCUCCAUUCUAAAAUUUACUAUGUCAAAAAUUCUGAUGCUUGGAAUCCACUAUAAUUUUACAAAUUUUUGACGCAAUUAUUGUCGCAAAACUGAAUCUUUAAAAAUUUCAAUUUUUGAACUAAAUUUAUUAACCAAGUGGCCCUCGAAGGUUUGUUAACCCCAGGCCCCCAAAAUCUUAAUCCGGUCCUGUUGAUACAUGUAUUGUUGUUAAUGGAUUUGCAUUUGGAAAUUAUAAAGGGCAUGUUUGUUGUAAUGUUUACGUAACUGUUGUUUUUUAAAUAAAUUUUCUACCAUUUCAUGUUUCCUAUUUAAUAUAGCUGGAUAUUGAACAAUAUAAAUUCUUUUUAUCGAACAGCGGAACGAAUGGUAUGAGAUAAUUUUAUUGGAUUAUAUUUUUACUUACUCGUAUAAAUAUUGGUCUUAUAGUGAUAUUGGUGAUGGUGUUUUUCUGGGUUCAUUUGAUACAUUUAUUAGACCAUGGUAGUGAUAAUUCUGGAAGAAUUUCUGAAAAAUAUAAUUUAAUCAGAUAAAAAUAAGUUUUUCCAAAUUUAUAUGUACAUAAUAUUUUUAUUUUUAAAUACUGGCUUUCCUUCUAUUAUUCUGCUAUUCGUAAAGAAAAAGUAUAGUAGACUCCCGUUAUAUCGCCACCGACAGGGUUAAAAGGGCGAAGAAUUUUUAAGCUUAAACGCUCCCGUCCAGCAGAAGGGGGGAUAGGAUUAUAACAUUUUUAUAAACUAUGAUAGUGGAAACGUAGCACUAGUAUGCUUGAAAAUCCGUAUGAAAAUCAAAUCACUCGCACGGCAAUAUAUCGAGAAUUUACUGUAAUGCGUCAUACCACAGCCACUUUCCUUGUGGUUUUCUUCGAAAAACAUUUCACUAGUGCAAUAAAUGUCAGCCAGAAGGUGGACAAUGAAUAAUACAUUCUUCUAGAAACAAAACAGGAGAAUCAUAUAAAUCCCAACUAACUAACAUCUAUAUUGUCUGUCAUUGUCGAAUUGCAGCUUUUAUGCACUCUUAUGCAACUGCACUUUAUGUCUUCCUCUUGGUAUGAAAUUUUUUCAAGUAAAAUCUCUAAUACGUUUCAACAACUAAUAUAAUGAAUAGAUUAAGGUAUACACGUUCCUUUUAUGUUAUAAUUGCAAUUAACGCCGACACUUUGGCGAAGGUAUCUACGUAAUUAUAAAGCAGUUGAUACUGUUUGAAGCUUUUGAAUGUAAACCGUAUUCAAAAGGGACGUAUUACCAAGGUUCGUCAAGGGUCUGAAGACGCAUUAACAUAGUGUUUAGUGACUAAUAAGACACUGAUACCAAAUAGAUAUUAAUACUGUAUCAGUGCAUUUAUAAACCUAUGAAAUUAAUUGCAAUAUCAGAGAAAGUCUAGAAAAGCUAUAAAUCUUGGUUACAAAACAAUUCAAAAUAUUUAUAAAUUUAUGAAACGUUCCGAGUUAUGAUGUAAGAUAUGUUUGGAAUUAAAAUAAUACCAUGAAACAUUUAUUUAGGACAUUAUACACAAGACUGGGCAUGCUAUUUCUGGUUAAAUUUAUGCUUUCCAGCUUGUGUAUAUCACUUAAUAGAAUAAGGCUGUACGAACACGUGGCGCCGUGCCAUUUCUCUACCUAAAUUGUUAUUAGUCUUUAUGCGGAAAACCAAUAAGGAACACGUGCUUGAACCAGAUGGUAAACUUGUUUCAUCCUUAAACAGUUUCUGUACCAUAACGUAUCUAUGCACCAAUGUCGGACAUUCUUAUCUAUUCUACCAAAUAUUAAUUCCUAGAUAGUAUUAAUAUAAAAAAGAAUUUAAAAUUACAGAAGUGAUCGGUAAUGAAAGUGUUAAUAUUAAAUAUUACGUUUACUCGACAACAAAUGUUCAUCAACUAUGCAUUCUCAGUCGUUAGAAAUCAUAGAAUUUGUUUCACAAACGCGCAUACUUGCUCAGUCAUCCGUAAUGAAAUAAUGACAAAUGAAAUCACAACUCACGCGACGAUCGCGAACACUCUUAAUCAUCUCGCGUACCCCCGGAGCGUAUCGUAGCGAGCGGAACGUUGUUUCGAGGAGGAUUCGUCGCGCAGACUGGCUAGAAUAAGGUACAACUUGUUGCGCGGGAUGGAACGACAAUGAGCGAGC